AUGACCGACAACGCAGGCGGUAGCUCGGGCGCGACAGACGAGCAAGUCAGAUCGUGGAAAAGAAGGCGCGCGCAAAUAAAGGCUCAAUGCACGAGGUUCGGCUCAUAUUUAGAAGGCGUGGAUCUCGAACAAACGUCAGUGUCAGAGCUGCGUCAGAGAUUAAACAAGGUCAAAGAAACUUGGGGUAAUUUCAGUUCGGUGCAAGCGGCAAUUGAGGAGAUUGAGAACGCACCGGAGCAUGUUGACAAUCACAAUGAAGAAAGAAAUAUAUUCGAGGACAGAUAUUUCUCUAUCGCAGCUGGGUUGGAAACUUUAAUCGAGAGAAAGUUGACAGCUCAGUCUCCUAAUUUAGCGCAGGUUACACGAGGCUCGAGGGGUGGAACGCCAUUCGCACAAGAAAGUAGCGUUGCCACUGAGCAUUUAAAAUUACCACGAGUUAAUCUUCCUACGUUUUCAGGUGCGUUCGAAGAAUGGAUUCCAUUCAGGAAUAUGUUCCAAAGCAUGAUUGAUAGCAACACAGCAUUGCCAGAGGUGCAGAAAAUGCAAUAUUUGAUAUCGGCCUUGAAAGGGGAGGCGCGAGAUGUCAUUGGAUCUCUAGAGGUUUCGGACGAAAAUUAUGUCGAGGCAUGGGAGAUGCUCAAAGAAAGAUACGAUGAUUCUGGUUGGAUAAUACAAAAGCACAUCAAGGCGCUAUUCGAGAUUUCGGUUAUUCCCAAAGAGAAUCAUCUGUUAAUAAGGCGUUUAUUAGACGACGUCCUAAAGCAUUUACGGGCGCUAAAAGCCUUGAAGAGGCCCACCGAACAUUGGGACGAUCUAAUAGUUUAUUUAGUAACCAGUCGACUAGAUCAAAAAACAAGUAGAGCCUGGGAGGUUACAGUCAAGAAAGGAGAAGUGCCAACGCUUAAGCAGCUAACUGACUUCCUCGCUCAGCAUAGUAAGGCGCUGGAAGCUUCCAGUCGAAUGAUUCGACCAACGGUUUCAGCAAGCCAUGAUAAAGGCGGUAGCAGUAAAGCCGCCGCGGUAAAUCUGGCUAUUGAUAAUAAUAAGUGCGCCUUUUGCUUAAAGGAAGGCCACGUCAUAUAUAAGUGUUAUGAAUAUUUGAAAUUAGAGGUUAACGAAAGAGUCAAGGAAGCAAGGUCUCGAAAGUUAUGCCUAAAUUGCUUGAGGGAUACAUCGCAUUUGGCCAAGCAGUGUACCCUGGGCCCAUGUCGUAAGUGCAAGAAGAGACACAACACGGUGCUCCAUUGGGAACAGACCCCAUCAAAGAAUUCUGUAGCGGUCCCAAGCGAGUCAAGUACGAAUGCUCAAGAAAAGGUAGUAGCAACGAUAGUAAGUGAUGCAAAUGCAACCAGAAUAAACAAGCAAGUACUUUUGGCGACUGCAAUCGUUAAGGUUAUGGACAUCAAGGGUAAUGCGGUUCUUUGUCGAGCAUUACUGGAUAGCGGGUCACAGUCCUGCUUUGUGACUAAUGAUUGUGCUAGAAAGCUAGCGCUUAGGCAAUAUUCUACAAACAUACCGAUCUGCGGACUAGGAGGAAUGUCAACCGAGACGAGAAAAGCAGCUCGAAUAUCGAUAUCCUCAAGGAUUAAUAAUUUUCAAGUGAAUCUGAACUUUCUGGUGGUGAAGAAUAUUACUCAAGCUUUACCCACAAACUCAAUUCAAAUGAACGAAGUGCAAAUUCCGAAGGGGAUUGAAUUGGCUGACCCCGAAUUUCACAAGGCUUCAAAAGUUGACAUGCUAUUAGGGGCAGAAAUAUUUCUAGAAUUGUUGUGCAUCGGAAGAAUUAAGUUAGCUCCGGCGCAACCGACAUGGCAAAAAACCCUAUUUGGCUGGGUGGUGUCUGGUAAUCUGCUGACUCCUGAUAGCAAGCAGAAUGGAACAACAUGUAAUUUGGUAACCAACGAACAGUUGAAUUUAAGUCUUAAGCGAUUUUGGCAAUUGGAAAGCAAUGAACGUAAAGAUACUCGUUCACCAGAAGAGCGUGUUUGCGAAGAGCAAUUUAUUAAAACAUACAGAAGAAAUGAUGAAGGGCGAUUUAUCGUCUCUUUACCAACAAAGGACGAGCGUCUACGAAAACUGGGAGAUUCACGUGAUAUCGCUAUCCGGCGAUUUAAAAACUUGGAGAGAAGAUUUGAGAAGCAGCCAAGUUUAAAAGAAGAAUACUCGAAGUUCAUUCACGAAUACAUCGAGCUGAAUCACAUGAAGGAGAUCCAACGGCACAGCAUGCGUUGA